AUGGCCUCCAAUGGAGCCGACAAGCCUCAGGUGCAGCCCUGCAGGUACAAGGUCGGCAAGACACUGGGUGCCGGCUCUUACUCCGUCGUCAAGGAGUGCGUCCACAUAGACACAGGUCGUUAUUAUGCCGCGAAAGUCAUCAACAAGCGGUUGAUGGCCGGCAGAGAACACAUGGUCCGGAAUGAGAUCGCAGUCCUGAAGAAGGUCUCCAUGGGCCACCAGAAUAUCCUGACCCUCGUCGAUUAUUUCGAGACGAUGAACAACCUCUACCUUGUCACUGAUCUGGCUCUCGGCGGUGAGCUGUUCGACCGCAUUUGCCGAAAAGGCUCCUACUACGAAUCCGACGCCGCAGACCUCAUUCGAGCUACCCUCUCUGCCGUUGCUUACCUCCACGACCACGGCAUCGUGCACCGCGACCUGAAGCCUGAAAACCUCCUAUUCCGCACGCCAGAAGAUAACGCAGACCUUCUGAUCGCCGACUUUGGACUGAGUCGUAUUAUGGAUGAGGAGCAAUUUCACGUGCUGACAACAACAUGCGGUACCCCUGGCUACAUGGCCCCUGAGAUUUUCAAGAAGAUUGGUCACGGCAAGCCUGUCGACGUCUGGGCCCUUGGUGUCAUCACCUACUUCCUUCUCUGCGGCUACACCCCCUUCGACCGCGAUAGCGAUUUCGAGGAGAUGCAGGCCAUUCUCAAUGCCGACUACAGCUUCACUCCCUUUGAUUACUGGCGCGGCGUUUCCGACCACGCCAAGGACUUCAUUCGUCGCUGCCUUACCAUCGACCCGAACAAGCGUAUGACGGCACACGAAGCCCUGCAGCACCCCUUCGUUGCCGGUUACCUUAACGGCGAGGGCGAGGGACAGAACCUGCUGCCGACUGUCAAGAAGAACUUCAACGCCCGUCGGACGUUGCACGCUGCUAUUGACACAGUCCGUGCUAUCAACAAGCUUCGGGAGGGUCAGAACAACAUGAUGGACGGCGCCAAGUCCCGUGAGCCCGAUCGCGGCGCCGCUGCCUUGAAAUCUCCCCCCAACACGAGAAAGGACGAUAGUGCCAUCAGCUUGGGCAAUCAUGGCCAUAAAGACUCGGGCUAUGGCACCCAGCCUGAAGCGGACAGCCAGACCGACGUCGAGAUGACGGAUGCGGCAGCGACUUUGAGCAGUGUGCCCGAAAGCCUGCGGCCAGGCAGCGAGCAGAACCGAGUAGUUGAGACGAGCAAGGGUCUCUGGAGUGGCCCUGCAUUGCGACGAUAG